AUGUCGUUUGGUGGAACUUACGAAUUAGACCAUUGUUUGGAAAUCUUGUAUAAGGGUGAAUUAUUACCAGAAAUAGUUAUUGAGGGAUUAUGUUUUAAAUUAAAAGAAUUAUUGAUUAAGGAAAGCAACGUUGUACAUGUAUCUACACCCAUAACUGUUGUAGGUGAUAUACAUGGUCAAUUCCAUGAUUUGCUAGAGAUAUUUAAUAUUGGUGGUCGUUGUCCUGACACAAACUAUUUGUUUUUAGGUGAUUAUGUUGACAGAGGUUUAUACAGCUUAGAAACUAUUACGUUACUUAUAGUUUUAAAAUUAAGGUAUCCUAAAAGAAUACAUUUGAUUAGAGGCAAUCAUGAAUCUAGACAAAUUACCCAGAGUUACGGAUUUUACACUGAAUGUUUGAAUAAAUAUGGCGGAGACUCACAAGUUUGGAAAAUUUUUACUGAUUUGUUUGAUUAUUUGAUCUUAUCAUGUAUUAUAGAUAAUGAAAUUUUCUGUGUACAUGGGGGACUGAGCCCAAAUGUUCAGACCAUUGACCAAAUUAGAAUUAUAGACAGAAUAAGGGAGAUACCACACGAUGGUGCCAUGGCAGAUCUAGUAUGGAGUGAUCCGGAGGAGGAAAAUAAUACCAUAAGUACUAAUACUAACAAUACAGUAAAUCAAGAUGAACAUUUUCAAGUCAGUCCACGCGGUGCAGGGUACACUUUUGGGAAAAGUAUUGUGGAGAAGUUUUGCCAUUUGAAUAAUAUGAGUAGGAUAUAUAGGGCCCAUCAAUUAUGCAAUGAGGGAUAUCAGAUAUAUUUUCAAGGGUUGUUGACUACAGUAUGGAGUGCUCCAAAUUACUGUUAUAGAUGUGGUAACAAGGCCAGUAUUUUAGAAUUAUAUAAUAAAGAUGAUUAUUUUUUUAAUGUGUUUGAAGAAUCGCCUGAACGCACGAUAAUUAAUAAUAAUGGUAGAAAUCAAUUAAUUAAUCCAAGUUAUUUUGAUAUAAAUAAGAGCAGCGAUGAUAUGGAGUGGUUUGAGGAAGAAACAGCAGAUAAUGAUGAUAGCAAUAAUGGUAUUAAACCCGCCAAUAGCAAUAUAAUAAACAAUAUAAAUAACGGAUUUAGUGGCUCCAAUAGAAGAAAUUUUAUUGGAAAUGAUUACUCAAAAUAUGACAUAUAUUCAGAUUCGUACCAAAGAUUAAAUGCUAGAUCUAGACAUGUAGAUUAUUUCCUAUAA